CCGGACUAGGACCGCCCCGGAUAGGGUGGGCGGCGGGCGUGCCUCCCUGAAUCGCUGUCCCGGCUCAGAACGGGACCGGCCUCGGGAGGAAAACCAUGGCUCUUGGACCGCUAGCGGUACUACUGGCGCUGACAGUGCUGAGAUUGACGUGGGGGGAGCCGGCCUCAGCACCCUCUCCGUGUCCCCAGGGCAGUUCUUGGAGCCCAGAUCUGGACAAGUGCAUGGAUUGUUCCUCAUGUCCAGCCCGACCAUAUAGUGACUUCUGCCCUGGCUGCUCCACAGCACCUCCAGCUGCUUUUCCUCUGCUGUGGCCAGUCUUGGGGGGUACACUAGGUCUGAUGCUCAUUAUAGGGCUCCUUUCUGGCCUUCUGGUCUGGAGACAGUGCCGAAGGAAAGAGAAGUUCACCACCCCCAUUGAAGAGACAGGAGGUGAAGGAUGUCCAGGCACAGCCUUGAUCCAGUAAUGAUUUGACAUGUUCGCAACUUUGUCUAGAAUUGAGAGGAUCUUACCUUCUUGGCGUUUGUUCUCCAAUGAGAUACCCCUCACACACAUACUUCUUGGACUCUAUAUUUCUCUUCAUACCCAGGAGAGAAGUAGGGACUCAAACCUGGGGUCUUAUCCUAGAACUGCUCACAGGCUGAAGAAUGCAGUAUUUGCACAAUAGGGGUGUGGGGGUUCCCUCUCUCCCCAACAAGUACACUGCCACCCCCUUCCCCUGGCAACACUAGGGGCUCUGAGCCAAGAGAUUCACCCCUUAAGUAAAGGAGGACAGAUAUAACACUCAGGACUUUGAUUUCAAGUCCUCUCAAAUGUGCUGGGACAAGGCAGCUGUAUCUUGUUGGGGGGCAGGGUACAGUGCUCUAUCCCCCUAGGAUAGGGGCUGGUCCUCUAGGGGAGCUGGUCCUGGGUUCUUCCCCCUUUGGCCAGCCUAUAAGGAUAGGGGAGAUAUUUAUUUGGGGGAACAAGGAGGGAGGGAGGGCGGGCAUAGAACAUGUAUAAAUAAAGUUAUUUUGAUUUCAAA